GGCACUCGUCGCUGGAGUGAGUCAGUCUGCAUGUACGUGACGCGAGCAAUCUGAGCAGCCAAGGCUAGGCUAGUAAACCUAUCAAUCAUUCUAUCUAUCUGUCUACCCAUACAUAUCAGCCUGCAGUCGGCACUGCGAUCGACAACGUCUGUCGCCACGAACCAAUCAAUCAAUCAAUCAACAGAUGUACAGACAUCCAAUCCAUCCAUCCAUCCCGUCCACGCAUCCAUCUCUCCUGACGCCGCAGUCGCAGUACUAGUGUCCUUCCCCCGCCUUGCCCUGCGUGGCCCGCCUCCCGCGAGCCAUGCACGACACAAAUAGUCAGGUGUGCCAGCCGCUUGCCGGCUGUGAACGUAUUGACAUCCACAAAACGUGGCUGGCCCCGUGUCUGAGUCGUCUCUCCCUGCAUCUGACGUGUAAAGGCCGAUAUGGCAGGAUGGGAAAUGACACGAGUCAUGUGCCACGCCCAUCGUCCCACAGCCGCCCCACAUGCGAUACGCAGGCAAGCACGACAUUGACACUGACACGGCGACGACACGCACCACCCUUUGGUGCCAACCAAUAAAACACCACGCCCGACCGAUGUGCCGACGUGUCCACCAAUGUCACGGCCUGCCCUUCCCACACCUCAUGUCGACCCUCGCGACCAGUGGGCAGUGACAACGGAUCUGUGUCACCACACAAUGAUUGCCAGAGUGUUGAUGACGUGUGGGAAGAGACUGGGAUGAUGUCGGAGCAGCAACCAGUGGCAGGACUGUCAGGUUUUGCACGCCAUGGACACAGCCAAGUAGAGUUGAGAGCACUUCAGGUCAAACACCUUGGUCCACGACAAUGCGACGGCGGGAGGGAGGGAGGGAGGGAGGCCAGCACUCAGUCAGGCAGCCAGUCAGCCAGUCAGGUAGUCGGCGGUUGAUCGGUCAGUCAGUCAGUCACGGUGACUGAGAGACUACACAUGUAUGCAUGCUAGUACACUAGCGGACGUACGGGGAGGCAGGAGGGAGGGAGGGAGGGAGGUAGGGAGACAGCGUGUAUGUAUACGUCUCGAGCUCACGUAUGUGUCCAUGCACUCAUGGAUCGAUCGUAUUGUACCGUCUGUACCAUGAUGUAUGUAUGUGUCGCAUGGUGGAUGCUGGCUGAUCCAAUGCAACAACGACAGGAGACGAUUCGAGACGAGACGAGACGAGACGAGACGAAAAACCGCUUUGCCGAUUCAUUGAUUAAGUGAGUCAGUAAGUGGUCGCGUGAGUGAGCCGACACUGUGACAAAGACCUGUGUGCAGCAGGCAGCCAGUGAGCCAGUCAGUCAUGAUGCGAUAUGUAUCCACGUGUGGAUGCAAGCGACGACGAGAUAGAGAGGGAGGGAGGGAGGGAGGGAGAGACAGCCAGGGAGGUAGGCAGGCAGUUAGACAGGCCGAUCGACGUUCUCUAUCUAAGCUCUACGGGUGCCAGCGACGACUCGCACACAGGUAACAUGGUUGGAGGGACGAAAGUCACACCCAUGCAGUUGGUUAGUCAGUCAUUCAUUGUCCAUAUACUGUACGCGUCGAUACAUAUUAUCACACUCACACACACACAUGUCAAGUCAAAAGCCAACAGCCACGCACUAUGUUAAGUGAAACCAACCAACAUGGGGACAAAAGCCUCAUCCGCGUGCACUGACUGUCACGGGCACCACGUGAGCACGGCGGACUACAAACUGACGCAGGAGGGAAAACGCAGAGAGAUAAGGAAACAAAUCACUUACCAAUCAAUCAAUCACUUCGCACGUACGUGAAAGUACGAUGGACAGACAGAGAGAGAGAGAGAUAGAGAGAGACGUCCAUUCAUCUGAUGCCAUGCAUGUGAUAUCUAUAGGGACACACCCACCCCCACCCACCCACGCCUCCCAGCCGCCAUAGCCUUUCCUCCAGAAAAAAGAAAACGCGACGACGUGACGACGGGUGUGUGAGCAGACACAGGGGCGCGCACAAAGGAACGAACGGAGGCAGGCAGGCAGAGAAAGUACAAGUGCGUUUCUGCACAGCCAGGGGUGAACAAAGGCAACGGCACAAACACAGCACAACACAAAGCAGAGAUAGGAUGACAACACAAGGCCACAAUGAACACGAUGCACGAAACAAACACACCGCACCACAGCACACCUACCAUAGCCACACGCGACAGUAUCCUAUCAGAUCACAUCGCCAAUCCAAUCAACCAUUCAUUCACUCAAUGAGCAAGGACCAAAAGCAGGAAAAAAGAGACCGCUUUGACCUUCCCUCUCUCCCCCUGUAGACCCCUCGCAGCCUCCCGCUCGCUCACAACAGCCAGCUAGACGAUCCCCCCAUAAGGCAUGCAUAAUUAACUAACGUCUGAUGUCUGUACUUGCACUAAAAUCCAGCCUUCGAUCCACACCACACCCAGCUAGAGAGAUAGCUACAAGUAGAUGGGCUGACUGAUGGAUCAACAAACGAGACCGAGCGACCGACCGACACACCACCAACCCCCUCCCUCAGUUGAAGAGGUCCUCGGAGGUCUCCUCGACGAUCCUCGACGCCAGCCUGUUGAUGGGGAUGAGGUACUGCGCCGUGCCCCUCUUGCUGAUCCGGCUCUUGACACCACCGCCGACACACGACAUGAGGCGACGCAGCUGUGGAGACCCAAGUGGCCUGAUGCCAGACAUGGUGGUGGUGCGGCUCUGCUUGUUGCGGAACCGGUCGAUCUCCUCAGCGGUAGGUUUGCAAGAGGCCAGCGUCCGUGUGCGGAUGUCGCGUCGACCUACGGGCACAACGAGGCGAGGCGACAGCGCAUCAAGUGCGACCUCCCCGUCGUCUGUGCUCGCACUCGUCGUGGCAGUGCUCCGUCGGUGCUUCAGCAGCGACUCACUGACGCCCAUCUUGCCCACGGUCGGCGCAGGGGAGGCAUCCGAGGCGCCCUCGAACUCCGACUCGGGCUCCUGCUGCAGGGGGAAGGGCUCCUCGGCGAACGAACCCGGGCUGGGGGUGCCCAUAUCAACCGGGGAGGCGGCCUCGGCCUCGUCCUCCUCCACGCCGGCCAUCUCCAUGUCCAUCCAGCCGCCGUCCUCCGUGUCGCUGCCGUUGGAGGACCCCUCAUAGCGGCCGAAGACGAACUGGACGUCGUCACCCAGCCCCAUGAGGCCGCCGAAGCCGGCGAUAGGCGUCAUGGAGGUGAAGGAGCGAGUGGACUUGAAGGGGAGGGCUGAGGGGGUGGGCUGUUCGGAUAUCUGCUCGGCGGGAGGGGGGAGGGAGCUGUAGGUCUCAGAGAUGAGCUGGGUCAGCUCCGGGAAGAAAUCGGUGGGUCGAUCGCGGCCGUAGCUGAAGUCCAGGUGGCCCCAGUUGGGCACGAUGCACACGCGACACCGGUUGCCGAAGUUCAUCAGAAGGUAGGCCUCCUCCGCAUCUGAUGGCACACAGACACACAGGAAUGGAUGGUUGUUUGUCGGUCGGUGUGCGCGCCUCACUGGACUCUCACCAGCAUCGAAGAGGUUGUCCUUUCCUGCGAGGUAAGCGUCGACGGGAACGGAGAUGUUGUGCAGGGGGUAGUCGAAUGACUUGGUGCUGAUGGGGCUGGUCUGGGCCUGGCCCUCGGCGUCCAUCGUCACCUCCUCAGCCACUAUCGUACUCGACCGACGCAUCAGCUUGAUCACGGGCACCCUCUUGUCGCCCACAUACCUGACGGAUGGAUGGACGACACGGGGAGAGCGAGUGAGACAAGACGUUGGUGUCUGUCUGUCUGUGGUGUGUGUGGAAUGGAUUGUGUUGGCGUACCUGCCGAUGGGUCUCUUUUCCUCGAUGAGCUGCCUCCAGUGGCACAUGUUCUUGUGGGCCUGGAAGCCGCCCGCCAGCUGACGAUAAAGCAUCGCCUGACCCAAGGACGAGCCGCCCAGGGGCGUGAAGUGGAACCCAAGAAUCUGUAAACAGCCAUACAAGUGACACACACACAGCAUGAUCAACAUGUUUCCCUCCCCCUGUGUGGUGUGUCGGGUCGGUCGGUCGCUGCUGCUUACGUAAGUGAUCCACGGUCCGAAGAGCCUUCUGAGUAGGUGUGGCGCGCAGAACUGGAGCACAUGGAUGACUUUCUGGAAGGUGUAGGCCGUGUAGGUGGACCAGCAGAUGAAGGCGAGGGCGAGGCGGGCCACCUGGUUGACGCGCUCGGGGGUGCGGAAGACGAUGCCGGGCGCCAAGAGCACCAGACGAUUGACCUUCAGAUUCAGAUACGGGUUCAGCGAGAGAGCACCCAACACCUGAGUACCGCCCUGUUGUAGACAGACAGACAGACGGGACGACAAUCCACACACACAUGGAUGGGAUGUGAUGCCUUCCUGCUGGUGUCGGUUCGGUCGUGCGCGCAUACCUGAGACUGGCCGAGCACAGUGAGUGAUUCCUCCCCGGUGAAGGCCAGGACGUACUCAAUCAUCUCGGGGAAGUCAUAGUGCGCCAUGUGCUCAAAACUCCAGCCGUCCUUGUCGUCACCCGUGCAGUCGCUCAUGUCGGCGAACGGCGUCCCGCGGUUGUUGCCCAGCCACACGUCGAAGCCAGCGGCCACCAGCUGACCCGCCAGGCUGUCCUUGCCGCCGUUGAAGACCCAGGCGAACGAGGUCUCGGUGAUGCCCGACUGGAGGAACACCACGCCGGCGGGCUUCUCGUCUUCCCUGGUGUUGCUCUUGUUCUUGCUGCUCUUGACGAUGCGGUGCAUGGUGAUCCUGACGUUGUCGCUGGUGCGGACGCUGUGUCGCUCCGCGGCCAGGUGGUCGCCGCACUCCAUGUUGAUGUACUCGACCACAUCGUCGGUCUGGUUGAGGGGCAGGAAGGACCGGUGCCGCUUCCUCUGGCUCGUGUACGCCCAGACGUACCCCACAGCCAGGUACAGGAGCCGCAUCAGGAAGAUCCACACGGCGAUGGCGACCUCGAGGGGGAGGAGGAAGGUCCGGAGGACGGACAGCAGCCGGACGGGGGGGGCGAAGAGCCGGGACACGUCCCGCUCAAUCAACAUGACGAAAAAGGAGCCAAAAGGACACUCGAGGGGGGAGGGGUGGGAACUGUGAGGGAGGGAGCGAGGGAGGCGGGAUCUCAGGGGGGGGAGGCGCGCUCCGGGAUAGACAGACCUCACGGAAAGGACGGACGACUCGCUGAAAACCGCCUCACAAAGCGCAAACAAGCAGCAAAGAUUCGAA